GGGAAGGAGUUCCGUGUUUACGGAGAUGAAAAUAUGUUCGCCGUUCACUCCGUUAUCAACACCGAGGUAUCCGACUUACCUGCAAGCCGAAAAAUUGAGGGACUCGCAUCCUUCUCUUCGAAGCUUUUUAUGUGUCCCCGAUGCGAAACACCAUCAUUCUUUCUUGCGGAUCCACGGGGAUUCAACCCAGAAUAUUUCAAGUUACGAGAUCCUUGGCGUUACACUAAAUACGCAUUCCGUGCUCGCUCAGUCGAUGAAUUCGACAAGAAAGAGAUACUUGAACGUCGUGGUGUAUCCUGGUCUGUACUCAAUGCCCUUCCAGGCUGGCUGACGUCGAUGAACUCCGUUGUUGAGUUUAUGCAUUGCGUCUACCUCUGCAUGGUUAGACACCUCACAAAGGUCAUCCUUCUUCAAUCGGGCAUGCUAAAUUCUAUUCCCCGCAAUGACUGGCACCCCCUGGACCGACUAGAGCAAUUUUUCUCCCGAAUCAUAUGGCCCGUAUCUGUCGGUCGUUUACCCCCAUCGGUCACUUCGUCGUCUUCGAAAGCCGAUCAAUGGCGGUUACAUAUCAGUGUUCUAUUCAUCGGGCUUUUCGUGGCCUGGGAAAAGGUCUUGGCACAACGUCGCUUGGAGACGCUCUUAUCUGAAACGGACAAUCCCAAUGAAGAGCAACUCGACCAUGCAAAGUCCUCCACCAUGGACCGCUCCAUUCUACGACACUACUCAACAAUGCUUGAAUUCUCGGCUGCCAUACGGAUACUUUCGUCUCGCUCGAUAAGCCCCGAUGAGGUGAAGAGAGGCUGUGCUGCCCUUUCACGAGCAUGUCAAAGCUGGGCUGACAUGGGCGUGCACAUGACUCCAUAUUUUCACCUUGCCCAGCAUUUUCAACACCAAUUCCUUCAGUUUGGUCCCUGUUAUACAACAUGGGCUUUUCCGUACGAACGGAACAACGGGUUUCUCGGCCGUACCAACCACAACAAUCACAAGGGCGGAGAGCUGGAGUGCACAAUGAUGCGCAAGUGGUGGAAGUGGGUGUUGGUUCACGAUCUCGUA